UUGUGAGGCGGGUCCGGCGCCUAUAAAAGCCGCUUGCCCCGGCCGUGCCUGCCUGUGUCUUUCUCCGCCCUCGGCCGGCUUCGGAUUCGGGCUUUCGCGGGAGGGCUGCCAUGGCCAAGUAUGUGGAUCUGUACACGAAGGCAAAGAUGCCCAUUUUGGGACUGGGCACGUGGAAGUCUCCACCAGGAAAAGUAAAAGAUGCUGUGAAGAAGGCCAUUGAUGUAGGCUAUCGCCAUAUAGACUGUGCCUACGUGUACCAGAAUGAAGAAGAAGUUGGCAACGGUAUUCAGGAUGCAAUCAAGGCUGGGAUUGUAAAGCGUGAGGAUCUUUUUAUUGUCAGCAAGCUUUGGUGCACGUUCCAUGAGAAGUCUUUGGUCAAGGGUGCCUGUCAGGCAACUCUGAAGGCCUUGAAGUUGAACUACCUUGACCUUUACCUUAUCCACUGGCCGAUAGGAUGUAAGGCAGGAGAUGAUCUGUUUCCUGUGGAUGAUAAAGGCAUGAUGAUAUCCAGUAACACAAAUAUUUUAGACACAUGGGAGGCAAUGGAGGAACUAGUAGAUAUAGGAUUGGUGAAGGCAAUUGGUGUUUCCAACUUCAACCAUGAACAGAUGGAGAGAAUCUUGAAGAAGCCCAAAUUGAAAUACAAACCUGCAAAUAAUCAGGUGGAAUGCCACCCGUACCUUACUCAGGAAAAGCUGAUUGAGUACUGUCAGUCCAAAGGGAUCUCCAUCACGGCCUAUAGUCCCCUUGGCUCUCCGGAUAGACCCUGGGCCAAGCCUGAAGAUCCUUCGCUCCUGGAUGAUCCAAAAAUUAAAGAGAUUGCAGCUAAACACAAUAAAACAGCAGCUCAGGUCCUGAUCCGGUUUCAUAUCCAGAGAAAUACAAUUGUGAUUCCCAAGUCCAUCACUCCAUCGCGGAUUGAAGAAAACUUCAAGGUAUUUGACUUUGAGUUGUCUAAGCAGGACAUGGAAACCAUCCUCAGUUUCAACAGGAACUGGAGGGCAUGUGCAAUGACCUCGUGUAUCAAUCACAAGGAAUAUCCUUUCAGCAUUGAAUACUAAAAGUCCUGAAAAAGAAGGGAGUACACAGUGGACUGUUGGUGUUAUGUUGGCUUUUGGGAUCAGCCUCUCCAUGCAAUCUUUAUAAACUUUUUUCUGCCUAAAUUGAAUAUGAUGUGAUUAUUUUUAUAAGCAUAUAUUUCUCUGGCGAGAUCGUAAGUGGCUGGAGCUUUAGAAAAAUGAGCCGUAAUUUAAUUAGUCUUAUAUUUCUUCUGAAACCAUUUUGAAUUAAUGUCUCCUGUUUGAAAAAGCAGAACAUCUUUGGUUGGGUAGGGAAGUUUAAUGAUUUGUGUGUAUGCUUGUAUUACACUUAACUUUUUCUCUGGUUCCAGACUUGAUGCAUUAAACCUUUGAUGGAGUUGUAUGUAUUUGUAGUUAACUCUAUGUGGAAUUCUCAUUCAAGAAUUUGGAGUGUAUUCUUCUAAGAGUGUUACGUUUAAUAAAACUGUUUGGUUACUCUA